AUGGAAGAUUUAUGCGCCCCUACGUUGGAGGCGCUCGACGAAUUCCUAUCGAGACAAAAAGCUCUUCUUGCGCGCACGCAGUCUGAUAUUGAGAGACUGCGCCAGUUGAAGAAGGAGGUUGUGGAGGAUCCGGAGGGGUUUGUUGGGAAUGUUGGGGAACGGCUCAAUGACCGAGCAUUUCGCAUAAGCGAGCAAACGGAUUACGCUCUUCAUUUUCCUAAACCUAUCCAAUGGGAAGUUUUCCAAGGCAUCGGUAUGUGCGCUUUGCCUAUCCUCAGACAUCCCAGCACUAACCAGGCAUACCGCUACGGAUAUCACUACCUCUCUGUCGCGUGCACCGAACGACCGAACGCCGCCACAACCCCAGACCCAACGCCCCUCCGCGACCUCCACACCCAACUAACCCAAACCACCCUCCACCGCGCACGCCCGCAAAAAUCCCAACGCGCUCCUCUCUCCGAGCUCCAAUCCCUCGUCAAAACAGCGCGCAAAGCCAUCGUCGACCCCGUAUUCGAAGAAUGGGGUGAAGUCUCCGAACCCGAAUGCGACGCCCCCGGCGGUCCCAACUCUACCUCUGCUUCUUCCAAUUUGUCGGAUGCGGAAGCGAUGAGGAGGCAUGCAGAGGCGAUGAGAAGGCAGAGGGAGCAGGAGAAGAUUAGGGAGUUGAAGAAGAGGCAGAUUCGUGGUGGGUAUGGAUAUGGGUAUGGUGGUGGCGGUGGGGUGAGAGGAGGCUUGUCGUUGCCUACGACGUCGAUGAUGGGGCUUGCUGGGCAGGGGUGGGCGGGGAAGGGCACGGAGGGUGUGUUCAUUCGAAGGGAUGUGGAAGAUGAGAGUUUGGAGGUGGUUGAUAUUUCUGAUGAGGGGGAUCCUCCGCCGGUGGUGGGCGGGGAUGCGGGAGGUGGGAAGCGGCUGUGGGCUGGGAAGGGCGCUGGGAAGGGGAUGGGCAAGGGCAAACAUUGUUAUGCUGCCCCACCGACAGAUGGCACUGCUGAUGCCGCGGAGGACGAUGAAGAAGGCAUGGAUCUUGAAGUCGACGGCGAUAACGACCACCACGCCGGUUACGCCAAUGGAGAUGUGGACGCCUCGCCGUACCCUGUUCCUCCAGCUCCACCAGAUCCUACCCCCGACAACUCUUACUACGACUACGAGCAACCCAAAUCUUCGCGAACGCGAAGGUCGACGAGGUGUGCUGCUGCUGCUGCUGCUACAACCCCCAAGCAGAAGACGAAAGCGAAGAGGGGAAGGCCGCCUAAACGCAAGGUGGAUGACGACGACGCGGAGUACGGUGGAGGGUACGCAGAUCCAGGCGAAGGUGAUGUCGACGAGGAUGUCGAUAUGGAUCUGGACAUCGACGUCUAUUGCGGGGGAGGAGGAGGGGGAGGGAAGACUAUCUCGCCUAUAUCCAGCCGGACUGGAUCCACCCAAUCCUCCAAAUCCAUAUCCAAAUCCAAAACCCAAUCCAACUCCACAUCAACUUCCACUACAAACGGCCAACCCAAAAAACCCAAACGCGAUAAACCCAAACCCGAGACGUACAAACAAGCCUGGAGUGUGGAGGAGCAGCAUCUGCUUGAGCGGUUGCUUGAGGAGAUACCGGAUGGUGAGAAGUUUAGGUGGCAGAAGAUUUCGAGGGCGAUGGGUGGGAGGAGGACGCCCCGACAGGUUGCGAGUCGGGUGCAGAAGUAUUUUGAAAAGUUGAAGAGGUUUGGGGUUGAGCCUGGUUAG